ACCACUGUCCCUCCUGGGGGGUUGAACUUCAACCGCUUCACGGAGGAUUCGCUGCUGCGACACGCUCAGUUCGUGGUGGAACAAGUGGAAAGUUACGACGAAGCCGGAGACAGCGAUGAACCCCCCGUCCUCAUCACACCCUGCAUGAGGGAUCUGAUCAAGUUGGCUGGUGUCACCCUGGGGAAGAGGCGAGCUGUCAGGAGACAAGCCAUCCGGCACCCUACCAAAAUAGAUAAGGACAAAGGUCCUACCAAAGCCACCACUACCAAGCUGGUGUAUCUCAUCUUCGACACCUUCUUCUCGGAGCAGAUUGAGAAGGAUGAGAAGGAAGAUGACAAAGAGAACGCCAUGAAACGCCGGCGCUGCGGCGUCUGCGAGGUCUGCCAGCAACCUGAGUGUGGGAAGUGCAAAGCUUGUCAGAACAUGGUGAAGUUUGGAGGCAGUGGACGGAGUAAACAGGCUUGUUUGCAGAGGAGGUGUCCCAACCUCGCCGUUCGGGAAGCUGAUGAAGAUGAGGAGGUAGAUGAUAACAUCCCUGAGAUGCCAUCACCCAAGAAGAUGCUACAGGGUAGGAAGAAGAAGCAGAACAAGAGCAGAAUCUCUUGGGUGGGGGAACCCAUCAAGAGCGAUGGGAAGAAGGACUAUUACCAGAGGGUCUGCAUUGACUCAGAGACCCUGGAGGUGGGAGAUUGUGUCUCUGUCAGCCCUGAUGAUCCCACCAAGCCACUCUACCUCGCCAGGGUGACAGCCAUGUGGGAGGACAGCAGUGGUCAAAUGUUCCACGCGCAUUGGUUCUGCCCCGGCUCAGACACCGUCUUGGGAGCCACCUCUGAUCCUCUGGAGCUUUUCUUGGUGGAUGAGUGUGAGGAUAUGCAGCUCUCCUACAUCCAUGGCAAAGUCAAAGUGAUCUACAAAGCACCCUCAGAGAAUUGGUCCAUGGAGGGCGGGCUGGAUAUGGAGAUCAAGAUGGUAGAAGAUGAUGGGAGAACUUAUUUUUAUCAGAUGUGGUACGACCAGGAAUACGCUCGGUUUGAAUCUCCACCUAAAACUCAACCUACAGAAGACAACAAAUACAAGUUCUGCAUGAGCUGCACACGUUUGGAUGAGGUGAGGCACAAGGAGAUACCCAAAGUAGCUGAACCUUUGGAAGAAGGAGAUGGGAAGAUGUUUUAUGCCGUGGCCACCAAGAAUGGAGUUCAAUACAGGGUGGGAGAUGGUGUCUACCUCCUGCCAGAAGCUUUUUCCUUCAGUAUGAAACCUGCCAGCCCAGCCAAACGUCCUAAAAAAGAAGCAGUGGAUGAAGAGCUGCACCCAGAGCACUACCGUAAAUAUUCAGAGUACAUCAAGGGCAGCAACCUGGACGCCCCCGACCCUUAUCGGGUGGGUCGCAUCAAGGAGAUCUUCUGCAACAUCCGUAGCAACGGUAAACCCAACGAAGCUGACAUCAAACUACGUAUCUGCAAGUUUUAUAGACCUGAAAACACUCACAAAUCCAUGAAAGCCAGUUACCACGCAGACAUCAACCUCCUGUACUGGAGCGACGAGGAGACGACGGUGGAUUUCCGCGCUGUCCAAGGCCGUUGUACGGUGGUGUACGGGGAGGAUCUGACCCAGAGCAUCCAGGAUUAUUCUGCUGGUGGACUCGAUCGUUUCUACUUCUUAGAGGCUUACAACGCCAAAACCAAGAGUUUUGAAGAUCCUCCCAACCACGCUCGGAGUUCUGGCAAUAAAGGGAAGGGGAAAGGGAAAGGGAAAG